AUGAAGUCAGUUAGAGCUGAGGGGAUGAAAGCUUUAUUUCUGAAGUUAAUGAGAUUAAAGCACAAACUAAAGAAAUUCAACAAAAAGGCAAUAGGAGACAUAGGGAAAGGCUACCAGGCGGCUAAAACUCAAUACUUGGAAGCAAGAAUGGAAGCUCAAAUGCAUAUGCAUGAUCUCAAUUUUCAAUUAAGGGAGAAAGAGGCGGCAGCUUAUUUUCAUGAUCAAGAACACAUGUAUCAUAGCUUCUUGAAACAACAAAGCAAAGUGAACUGGCUUUGUAAAGGAGAUGAGAAUAAUGAUUUUUUCCAUGCCUUUUUGAAAAAAAGAAGGAUGGAGAACAAUAUAGUUUCUUAUACCAAUGACCAUGGAGACAUCAUUGAGAAGUUUCCUGAAGUGGAGAUAAGGAAAGCUUUCUUCAGUAUACCUGAUUCAAAAGCCCCGGGACCUGAUGGGUAUGGAGCUGGUUUUUUCAAGAAGAUGUGGGCGGAUUUGGGAACUGAUUUCAUCAAAGCUAUUGAAAACUUUUUCAACAAUUGGGUCAUGCCAAAGGAGCUUCAUGCAACAAUGAUUACCCUCAUUCCUAAGAUCGAGAACCCAACUAAAGCAGUGGAUUAUAGGCCGAUUGCUUGUUGCUCUACGAAUCAAGGAGCUUUAGUUCAGGGGAGAUUGAUUGCUCACAAUAUCAUGAUUCUUCAAGAUAUCUUAAAAAAUUACAACAGGAAGAACGUGUCUCCUAGAUGUACCAUCAAAGUUGACAUCAGCAAAGCGUAUGAUACGGUAAAUUGGGAUUUUCUGGAGGAUCUUCUUAAUGCCUAUAAUUUGCUAGCUAGAUUCAUCAAAUGGAUAAUGACUUGUGUGAGAGCCACAUAUUACUCAAUUCUUAUGAAUGGAAGAGUUCAAGGCAACUUCAAAGGGAAGAAAGGUUUGAGACAAGGGGAUCCCCUUUCUCCCCUUCUGUUUGUUCUGAUAAUGGAAUUUUUAACAAGGAAGUUACAAAUGGCAGCCAAGAAGUCAGACUAUAGAUUCCACCCCAUGUGGGAAUAUGCAAUCAGUCCAGGUUAUAAAGAAGUGUCUGGAGGAGUUCAAAGAUAUCUUGGGGCUUGCUAUAAAUACAGGAAGAGCGCAACUAAUUCAUUCAGUUCUUCUUGGGCUUCGGAAUUACUGGAUGAGUAUUCCAUUUGGUCCUAUGAUCUCAAGACGGAUACGAGUUGGUACUGGAAGAAAAUUUGUCAUGUUCGGGAUAAAUUUUCAAGAUCAGAUAUUGUGAAUGCAGGUGCUAAUGGGAAGUUCAAAACUAUUCUGCUUUAUAAUAGCAAAUUGCCACAGAAGGAACAAGCUACACAUGAUCCAUAUGGUUAUCUUAGCUGCUGUGAUAUAGAAUGUGUGGAUUAA